UUUGAGAUAGGGCGUGCCAUAAAGCGUGUGGUUUUGCUGCAGCGCGAUUAUCUCCGUCCAUGGAGUGGGUCCCGGGUCCGUCACUGCCGACGCCCAAUCGUCGCGUGUGUUUAGCCAUUGCAAGCCUGCACGAUCGAAAAACACACCAUUUGAGUUUGCACAAGCAUCCGGAUACCAGAAAUCGUACGCAGCAUGUCUGGGAAGGUGACCUUCAAGAUCACGCUCACGUCGGACCCGAAGCUGCCGUUCCGCAUCGUCAGCGUGCCCGAGGAAGCGCCGUUCACCGCCGUCCUCAAGUACGUCGCCGAAGAGUUUCGCGUGCCUGCGGCGACGAGCGCCAUCAUCACGAACGAUGGCAUUGGCAUCAACCCGUCGCAGACCGCCGGCAACGUCUUUCUCAAGCAUGGCACCGAGCUGCGCUUGAUUCCGCGCGACCGCGUCGGCGGCUGUGCCUAGCCCGUCGUGAGCUACAUGGGCCUCGCCACGCUUCAAUGCCCGUAUUUGCUUGCCGUUUGCAAACUAAGCCUUUUCUACUGCACCUUGGACACGACACGAUACAUGUUUCGUUUACAAGCCCU